UUUUAUUUAUUCUCAGAACUUUCUGGAUUAAACAAAUGGAUGGCAGAAAAUCCGAUUUUUCAGAUUUUCAUUGCCACCCAAAAUCCCAUUUGCGGAAAAUCAAAAUGUCGAGGAUUUGAGGUCCAGGGAAGGAUAAGUCCAUGGUGGCGUGACGGAAACACGAAGGGAGGGGAAUUUUGGUUUCAGUAACUCCUUCUCCAAUACGGGUAGCUCUGAGCCAUGGUGCUCAAACUUUGCUUAAUGGCCUCUCAUGGUUACCCUCCAGGGCUUGUCUUACAGCAUGAGCUAGGCUUGGGCUGCACUUUGAAGGGUUUUCAGCCAUUACUGCCCUCACCCAAGGCAAAACCAGAAAUUAUCAGAUGUCCUUCUCCUGCACUAAAGCCAAAUCCAUGUGAGGAAUCACGGAAAUCCCAAAGUGAAUGUUUCAAUUCCAAUCAGUUUGUUAAUACUGACUUAGCAGCUCAAAAGCCCAUGCUUAACGAUGUCCAAGCAACCUGCCCAGACGCAGUACUUUUUGGCUUUGGAAUCGUUGAAAAAUGCACUAAGCAUGACAAAAUAGUGCAGUUCCUUAAGUCUGGUGCUUCUGAAGCAGAGAUAAGAGAUGAGUGUAUAUCUUUGAUGUCUGAUUCAAUGGAUUUUCAACUGCUGGGAACUCAUGUGCCUCAACAAUCAUUUUCAACUUCUCUUAUCUACCCAAAUAGCCAAAUCGAUAUCCGGAGGUUUUUGUUAGAUUUUAUUGGAGACUCUGCCUUUUUGUCAAACAUUUUAAUUCAUCCUGAUGGUCUUGUCUCAUUCUUGGGUACUGGGAGUGAGAUGAAGGAUUUUCUUUCUGUAGUUGCUGAAUCAUGCCUGUCAAAAAGCUCAUGCAGGGGAGAAAAGCAUUCUCUGCUUGUUCCACAUCUCAGUAGGCUGGUUAUCAAUGAAGCAGAGGUCAGAACUCAUUCCUCCCUGUUGAAGACUCAAUCUACAUUGGCUGCUCCUUUGAAGAGUCCUGAGAAACUUAAGGUGAGGCCAUCACCUAAGAAGAAGAAGAAAGUAGGGAGGGAAAGGGAUCUCUACAAAAGAAAUUAUUUGCAUGCAUGUGAGAGUCUUCUGUCUUUAAUAAUGGACACAAAGCACCGCCAAAAAACAGCAAUUCAUUCGCUGAAGAAAUCUGGCCCUGAACUUCCUGAGCUCCUUGCUCAAUUUAGUGCGGGCAUUGCUGGGACUGGCCUAGCAGUACUCCUAUCUGUCGUAUGGAAGGUAACGUGUGGAGGGGUACCCUUCUGUGCAUCUAAGCUUUUCACCACUGGUUUUGGAUUUGGACUUGUGUGGCUUUCAUGGGCUGUCAAUAAGCUAAGAGACACAAUUGCCGGCCUCAGCAAAAACACAGGAAAAUUGGGUUUGAAAGAAUCAUCGAAUUCAAAAGAUGAGGAGAUUAUUCGGAAGCUGGAUAAGAACAUAAGAGACAUCUACUUCAGAAGUGCAUCAUUGCUAGCUGUGGCAGUGCUAAGCCUUGCUUGAGCAUCAUUUCCAUUGGUGAAGUUACAAUUUGCUUGAACAGAAGAUAGCGCGAUGCCAUUCACUGGGGAGUGCUUGGAACCACCUUCGGGGUCUGCAACUCUAUCUUAUCAUGAUCUUCAUAUGCAUGUUAAUUAUGUAGUUUUGGUUAUUCUAGACCGUAGCAUAAGGAUUUGGUGUGCUGCUGGUAAGUAACACUGUACAGCGUAAUGUAGGCAGUUGCAAUGGAAUCAAAUGACGGAUUUGUUGAAAA